CUGUCCAUCGAAAUCUGCAAGCCGAAUAUCCAACAACAAACCUUACCGUCAUUGCACGACAUCAGUCCGGCCAUUCGCCAUCGUGUUUCUGUAUCAAUAAAUAUCCUUGUCGACUCUCCCGCUGUGGUAUCGCCGCCGCAUAGGCGCGCCUGUCUGAGAGCUUCGCGGUGACAGUCUACCUGCCGUACACGACAACUCUACCUGUAUAUCUAGACUUUUCCGGAAUAUCAAAUCUGGGCUCCUACAUAAGAGAACGUCGACUGCCUCUACUUCCCGUCAAGAUGCCCAAGAAAACCUUGACGGCUUCCCAAAUGCUGGCCCUUCAGGUGUCCGAGCGCACCAUGUCGUGCAUGUCACUCAUAGGUUCUUUAUUCAUCAUGGGAACCUUUCUCCGAUGGCAUUACUUCCGAAAACCCAUCAACCGGCUGGUCUUCUACGCCUCCUUUGGCAACGUCUUGACUAACGUUGCGACCCUUAUCUCGACGUCGGCCAUUCCUAAGGCCGCACAUCACUUUUCGAACUUGUGCGAGUUCCAGGGCAUCCUCAUUCAAUGGUUCAUGAUGGCAGACUCAAUCUGGGUGUUUUGCAUGGCCUUUAACGUGAUGUUGGUCUUUUUCUUCAAUUACAACUCCCAUCAACUCCGCCUCUUGGAGAAGUGGUAUCUACUCUUCAGCUACGGCCUGCCUUCUCUUCCUGCGCUCGUUUAUGUCGUGUUGGAUCACUCAAGACCUCAACGAAUCAUUGGUCCAGCUACAAUCUGGUGCUGGGUAUCCAAAGACUUUGAUUGGAUGCGUAUAGCUUUCUUCUAUGGUCCUGUGUGGAUCUUCAUCAUCUGCACAAUGAUGAUCUAUAUUGUCACCGGUCGCAAAAUUUUCAUGAAGCGUGCACAGCUCCGGUCUUUCUCUCGACAAGCCGGCGAUGCACCCCCUAUCCUUACGAAUCCUUUCACAGCAGCCAACAUCAACAAUAUUGAACGCAAAACUGAAGUCCAAGUCGUUACCGAGACUAUUGACUCUGACUGCACGUUUGUGCCACCCACAGGCGGGACUCCAUCCCGCGAUUCUUUCUCGAGCACUAGAAACCUUUCGGUAAAUGUCCAAAUGCCAGCACCAACUGCAGGAGCAUCGUCUCGCUUCUCUCGAGUUAACUGGGGUCACUCUCCUCGAGCCUUAGUAGAGGUACAGCAGCCCCAGGAACAGAUACCAAACAGCACAUAUACGGUGACCGUCAGCGCGGACAAUCAAGUCACGGACGAGGAGCUGGGCGCACCACAGGCAAUAUCUACCAGCCAAGCACCCCCACAUAUACGCCGUACUGUGGCUAUGGAAGGCAACACUGCAGCAUGGGGCUACUUCAAGGUCGCCUUCCUCAUGUUCGCAGCCCUGUUCAUCGUCUGGGUACCCUCAACGAUCAACCGAGUUCAGCAGUUCGUGGAUAAAGACCAUGCCAUCUUUGGACUCAAUCUAGCUUCUGCGCUAGUUCUUCCCUUGCAAGGCUUCUGGAAUGCCAUGGUCUACAUGUCGACGACCUGGCCUGAGUGCAAACGUGCUAUCGCAGAAGUCAUGGAUCGUUCUCGCAGUGCUCGACACUCUGAACCACGACCAGCCCCACGGCGAAAAGAGAGCGAACGUUCGCUUACUACCAAAGAGCACCAAUAUUUCGAAGGCGAGAUUCCCCUCAGCGAAAUGCUGAACGACGGCCCACCAACACCAGGCCUUUACACUCGCGCAUCCAGCACCGAGACCAUGAAAGCUUCAUUGAGCUCUCAACACGAGAAGCGGUAGCUUAGGUGUGUUCGGUAUUGUUGUCCUGCAUUCUUGUACAACCAGGAGCAUUGCAGGUCGUACUUCAGGCCCAAUUCUUACAUUACACUUCUAUCGAAACUGGUUAGAUAUUAUCUCGGUCUGCCAGACUCUGCAUUCACGACGGUCACUCGUGAUGCAGAUUUGCGAGGACAAACACCAACGGCUAUCAGCCGCCAGUUUC